AUAGUGAAAAAUCCGUUAGAAGGAAAUGUCAAUGUAGAUGAUGAUGAAGAUAAAUGCACUCCUUCGCAUUGUAUCAAGGGUGCACAGGCAACGGAGACUCUAAUAGAAGCAGGCGCAAAUGUUAAUGCAGACGAUAAAGAUAAAUGCACUCCCUCACAUAUAGCUACUCAGUUCUGUCGUAAAGAGAUUAGAAAAAGUCCUAAUAGAAGCAGGAGAAGCAGAUGUUCCUGCAGCAGAUAAAUAUGGAAUAACCCCCUUUACACUUUGCUGACGAUACAGACACAGUAAAAACUUUAAUAGCAGCGGGAGCAAAUGCUAAUGCAAUAGGUAAAGACAAACGCACUCCUUGUUUACAUUGUAUCAAGCAAGCAAGGGUGCACAGAUACUCGAUAUAGCUGCAAAGGAGUAAUUAAGACUUUGAUAGGUAAAAGAGUAAAUGUUUUGUUAGAGAAUAAUGAUGGUAAAAUCCCGAGCGAUUUUAACAAAGGUCACUACAUAAUUAAGAGGUGAAAUCUUUGGUCUGAAGAGAGAAUGAAGCGAUUUGACCAACAGAGUAAAAUGUCUUUU